AUGUCUGUGGCCGAGGACAAUACCAAGCCAGCUGCCAAGCAUGAAGAAUCCAGUGAAAAUACUUCGGAUGAUAUGCCUGUCAUCACAGGCUUCAACAGGCGGGUUUUGUUUAUCCUGGUCCUACUGGGAUUCGGCUCCGCUUCUAUGGGAUAUGCCGCCUCUAUCAUCGCUACGACUCUAACUCAGCCCUCGUUCUAUGUCAAGCUGAACUUGACCAAUGCAACAAACUUGACUGCACUGAUUGGUGCUACAAAUGGCCUCUUCUACACCGGAGGAGCCUUUGGUUCGAUCUUCAGUGGCUAUGUUGCUCAUAAAUACGGCCGAAAAAUAAGUGCAGGCGCGGCAGCUUUGACAAUCCUCAUCUCGAGCGCGAUCAUUUGUGGCUCGACUCAUAUAGCCAUGUUCAUCACAUUCCGGUUCUUCCAAGGAUAUGGUUGCUUCAAUAUGAUGUCUACUAUUCCGAUGUGGAUGGCCGAACUUGUUCCCCCGAAGAAGAGAGGCAUGCUGGUCCAGAUCCAUCCAGCGAUGAUCAACUUCGGUUACGUUGUUGCCUCUUACACCGGAAUAGGGUUUUACUACUUCCAUGAUCCUAGUAACAACCAAUGGAGGGGCCCAAUGGGCCUUGCUGGGUUCUUCCCUUUCCUGUUCCUCCUCGGCAUCUACUGGAUCCCCGAGUCCCCACGGUAUCUUUUGGCCAACGACAAGACAGACGCAGCCUGGGAAAUUCUUCGUCAACUUCACUCGCACCCAAGGGACCCGGAACACCUCUAUGCGAAGAAAGAGCUCUACCAGAUCCAGCAACAGAUGCAGUUGGAUAAGGAGUUCUCUGCACCGACCGGUUUCGGGAACUAUGGAAGGAUCGCUAUGAAGAAAUCUCUUCGAAACCGGGCUCUUCUUACCAUGUUCGUGACCUUCGCCCAGAUGGGGUCAGGCGCGCUAGUGAUUAACAGUUGCCUUGGCUUCGGCGAAGAGGAUAUACUCCAGUUCCAAGGCGGCUACCAACUCUGUGCCUGGGUCAUGAACACAGCCGGCAUGCUGACCAUUGAUUUAUUCCCAAGAAAUAAGCUCAUGUCGUUUGGUUUUGCUACCAUGGUCGUCACCGUCAUUAUUGAGACAGCCUUGCAGAAGAAUUUCCUUGGUACCACUAACCAGACGGGAUUGAGCGCCUGUGUCGCGUUACUUUUUCUCAACGUCACAUUAUACGGUCUCUCCGUCGAGGGCGUUGGCUUCUUGUAUAUUGCUGAGAUCUGGCCCUCGUACGCGCGCACAGAGGGAUAUGCUCUGGGCAUGUUCUCUCUCUGUGUAUCCAGCAUCAUUUGGACGCAGGCCGCCCCAACAGCAUUUGCAAACAUUGGAUGGAAGUAUUAUAUCAUCUUUAUUGUUGUGAAUGCAGUUGCCUCGGCGGUGCUGUAUUUCGUUCCGGAUACUCGGGGCAAACCUUUGGAGGAGAUUGCCGCUCUUUUUGGCGAUGGUGACCAGGUUGCCGUUUAUCAAGAUGGAAUACAGUCUGAGAAGCUUAGGGAACCGCACUGGGGCGAACAUGGGAUUGAUCCUUGA